AUGGUUGUGGAUAUGCAAAGUAAGUUUGCUAAAUACUGGGACGAGUACAGUCUUAUUUUAGCUAUGGCAGCAGUACUAGACCCAAGGAUUAAGCUGCAGAUGCUUAGGGAAGCUUAUCAUAAGCUGGAUCCUAGAACUUCUGAGAAGAAGGUUGAAGUCGUAAGGAAGAGCUUGGAGUUGCUUUAUAAAGAGUAUAGUUCAAAGUCACCAGAAAAAUCUCCUCUUGAAGAUGAUAUUGAUGAUGAUCUGCUUGAGCUUGAAAGGUGUAUCCAGUUUGGUUCAAACAACGAAGGGAUAAAUCUGAACAUGUAUUUGGUUGAUACUAAAGUUGAUAUUUCGGCUUUCUCAGAUAUGGAGGUGUUAGACUACUGGAAAGAUAAGCAACACAGAUAUGGUGACUUAGCUUUGCUUGCCCGUGAUAUUCUUAGCAUCCCUAUUACUACUGUUGCGUCUGAAUCUUCUUUACAUAUAUGA